AUGGGACGCCAAAGUCGACUUUGCCAUCCGGAACGACGUCGUGGGACAACUGCCCUGUUCGCCGCAGGGCAUCAACAACCGACAAAUGAGCCUGCGCCUGCCCUUCAAGGGUCCAACUUCGCCACCAUCAUCAGCGCCUACGUUUCACCACUGACCAGCUUUGACCAGGUUCUACAAUGAUCUGCACGCCCUUUGGUGCCUGUGCCGAAGGUGGACAAGUUUACUGUCCUUGGCGAUUUCAACGCUCGUGUCCGGACAGACUGCGCCGCCUGAAGGGGCGUUGGGUUCUCACGGGAUCGGCGACUGCAACGACAAUGACCUCAUCCUCCUCCUGCGAACCUGCGCGGAACACCGCCUCCUGCUGACCAACCCUUUUCGCCUGACAAUGCACAGACCCUACCUCGACCAUCCAACCGAUGCGAACAAAGCGACCUUCUACCGAAGUCGCCGCCUCGCGCAGAGACUAUUGCGAGAUAUGCAGGAUGCCUGGAUGGCUCGCAAUGCCGAGGAGACCCACGGUAUGCCGACCGCAACAAAUCAAAGAAAUUCUUCGCUGCGAUCAAAGCGAUCUACGACCCUCCAACGAACGGGAUCGCGCCGCUUCUGAGCUCCGAUAGAUCGAUGCUUCUGACGGAGAUAUCGCAGACCCUGAAGAGCUGGGCCGAGCAGUUCAGAAGCGUCCCUCCAUAAUCUCUGACGCCGCCAUUUACUGACUCCCCGAAGUGGAAAUCAACGUGAACCUGGUUCUCCCGCCCUCACACCAACCGGCAAGGCUGCAACAAUCACAGAGGCACCUCAUUACUCAAAAUCGCCGGGAAGAUCUUCGACCGCAUCCUUCUCAAUCGUCUCAAUGGAUACCUCGAGCAAGAACUCCUGCCGGAGAGGCAACGUGGCUUCCGACGACAUCGGGCACCACUGACAUGGUGUUUGCCGUUCGCCAGCUGCAAGAGAAAAGCCAGAAGAUGCGAACCCACCUCAACACUACCUUCGUGAACUUGACGAAAGUCUUCGAUACGGCGAAUUGCGAUAGACUGCAGAGAAUCAUGCCGAAAUCGGGUUGUCCUGAACGACUCACACGCAUGAUUCGUCAUUUCCACAACGGGAUGAUGACGCGCGUCACGGAAAACGGUGCAAUCUUCGAGGCCUUCGCAAAGCUCUGUCCUCGCGCUUACCCUAUCCAGUCGCAUGUUCUCUGCCAUACUGAUGGACGCCUACCAUGAUAAGCGUCCCGGGAUACAUAUCGCCUAGAGAACUGAUGGGCAUCUUCUCAACAGCAGGUGCAUGCGGACUCGAGCACAGCACGGUCCACAAUCUGCUUUUCGCCGACGCUGCGCGCUCAACAUCACGACCGAAGUGGACAUGUGACGGAGCAUGGACCUCCCGCCGUCGGAUGCGUCAACUUUGGCCUAGCAACAUGGACAAAACGGCGGUCAUGCACCAACAGUCAUCCAACACGUAACACUGCACUUCCCUCGAAUCACUGUCGACGGCCACUAAAUCAAAGCCGUGGACAAUUUUGCUUAUCACGAAAGCACAUUUUCCGACAGCAUCAGAAUCGACGUGAAGGUUUCCCACCGGAUCUCUAAAGCCAGCCAAGGCAUCGGUCGGCUGCAGAACUCCCUGCGAAUUCGUCACGGCUUCCAACUAAAUACCAAGCUGAAGAUGUUCAAGACAGUCGUCCUAACGACACUUCUCUACGGAGCAGAGAUUUUGACCGUCUACUCCAACCAUAUCAAGAAGCUCAAUCCCUUCCAUCUCAGAUGCCUUCGUAGAAUACUAAGGCUGCUUGCUAACCGUGGGGGGAUGGGGCAAAACGACGCUACAAAGAUACGUUGAAGAAUUCUCCUAAUCGGACUGGCAUCCUCAACAUUCACGCCAUGUUGAGGCUGAGUUGGAACAGCCACCUCGUGAAGGUGGAAGACAUACGACAACCGAAACAACUCUUCUAUGGCGAUGUCGCCACCGGUGUUCGCUGACCAGUAGGACCAAAAGCACGCUACAAAAACACUUGGAAGAAUAGGCAGUAUGUUAUUACCGACAAAGACAAGGGAGGCUGGAAUGGCCAUUUCUGGCUUAUUAGCCGUCGUCAGCCAGUCAUUCCCAACCCCGAAGUCUGAAACACUCGAGGCUCGAACUCGCGACCUGUUAGUUAGAAGUCCACGCCUCUAGCUAUUGGGCCACGAUCCCGGUGCCCUGUCGGUUUUCAUCGGGAAUAUACAAUAAUUAGGGGUGCUCACCGAUCGUUCCUACUUCGGGGUUGGGUAUGACUGGCUGGCGACGGCUAAUAAGCCAGAAACGACCAUUCCAGUCUCCCUUGUCUUUGUCGAUAAUAACAUACUGCAUAUAUCAUGCGCAGCUGUGCGACUGCUGGUCGGGCUCGAGAGAGGGCCCGUAAGGCACAACUGAACGAGUGAGUUCCGUAAGAACGAUCGGUGAGCGCCUCCUACCACUUUGAAGAAUUCUCUGAAGCGAUCGCAUAUCAAUCAAGAGACCUGGGAGGACCUCGCUCAGAACAUUUAACGAAGAGCCACUGUCCCUUUUCAAAGCCUAGGACAUCCAACCGACCGCAUUGCCUAACGCGAUACCUUAAAAGGGAGAUCAACAAGGAAGGCUGUGGAAGAAUUUGUGCGGAAACAACGACAAUGCAGCGUUUACAGCGUAUAAAGUUCGAAGGAAUAAGAUGAAGAGCUUGAUUUUCAAUAGUCGACGGGAUUUCGAGAGUAAUUUGCGGCGGGAAUACAGUGCCGCAACACUUAGAAUUGUCUAUUCCCCCACCAGCCUGUCUUACGGGCGGACUACUACUACUACUACCACUAAUACUACUACUACCACCACCCCUACUACUGCUACUACUACCACUACUACCGCUGUUACUACUAAUACUACUACCACUGGCGGGAAUACAGUGUCGCAACACUGAAGAAAACCUUUUCCCCCGUCUACCACCACUGAUACGGCGAAUACUACUAAUAAUCCUACUAUUAGUACUACUACUACUACCACCGCCACCAUGGCUGCCAAUGCUACUCUACCAACGCUUACAGUAUGGGUAACUAACUGCAAUAAUACUAGCAUCAGUAACGGAGUGUUGCGACACUGGUAUCCAACCUAAUUUGCUCCACCGAGCCGUUAAAAAUCCGAAAUUGCUCUACAGCUAUUUACGAAAGAGCACCCAUAACAGGAAUCCCUUCCCCGUCAUGAGGAAUGAUGAAGGUUUGGAGAUAUCGGACAGUAAAAAUAAAGCUAACCACUUUUCUCAGGUUUUCCAAUCCGUUUUCACAAGAGAAACAGAUUUUAUUCCAUCUGGUUCUGGGAGCAUGGGAGAUCCGACUACUGAAAAUAUUGCGUUCCGAGAAGAAACGAUUUCGGAUGAACUAAAAAAUUUGGCGGAAUGUAAAUCUCCUGGUCCGCACGAGAUCCCAGCAAAGCUGCUCUCUGAGCUUGCCCGAAAGCUGGACAUAUCACUAUCCAUUCUGUGCCAGAAGUCGUUUAGUGCUGGAAUCCUUCCCACAGACUGGAAGACGGCCCACAUUACGCCCCUUUACAAAAGCGGCAGUCGUGCUCUUGCGACGAACUACAGACCCCCCAGUCUGACAUCAAUCUGCUGCAAAGUGAUGGAGAAAACCAUCCAAAAGGAGUUGAUGGCUUAUUUGGGAACUAACAACCUCUUGGCUGAGUGCGCAAUAUGGUUUCCGUAGGGGGAUAUGAUGUGCAACGAACUUGCUUUAUACAAAUUUGGACAAAAACACUCGACGCAAAACACAUCGUGCUUGUAGCUUAUAUUGAAUUCCGGAAGGCACCAGCGUCUCCUGUUUAAGUAUACAGGAGACGCUGGUGCCUUCCGGAAAUUAACUUAAGUUUAGAGUCAUGGGCAUCGGCGGAAAACUUCUCAAAUGGAUCGAGAAUCUCCUCAUCGGCCGUUCCCAAAUUGUCUGCGUAGAACAACAGCAAUCAAGGCGCACAUUCAUAGAGAGUGGAGUUACACAAGGCCCGGUGCUCGGACCAACCCUCUUUCUCCUGUUCAUCAAUGGUUGUUAAGAUGGGUUGGACUGUGAUAGUGCCAUGUUUGAGGAUGACAUAAAAAUCUGGAAAGUCAUCCAUAAUGCUGCCGAUGAGACCAACUACCAAGAAAAUCUUUGUCGAUUGGACGAGUGGUCAGGCAGAUGGCUCUUGUCCUUCAAUUUAAACAAAUGUACUGUAUUGCGCAUCGAAAAUCAGACCCCUAGCACGCGGCAAUAACAUCUGAACGGAAUGCCACUCCGAGAGGCAGACACGAAGAAAAAUAGCGGAGUCUGGGCUGUAGACAGCCUAAAGCCUUCUACACGAUGUUAUAAGGCAGCUAACUGACUGAGGCCGGCCUGUAGAAGAGAAACGAAGAUCGGAGCUGUCAUCUACAAGGCAAAUCGGAUCGUCGCCAUCAAAGCCAAACACGAGGCUCACAAAUCACAAGUGUCUCGCAUCCUCAGUGCCAAACAUACGCCGCUUCCAACAUGCCCGCGUUGCACACGCGCAUCCCGCGUACGAAUCGAUCUCGUUGGACACCUUCGAACCCAAUGUGCCACCAACCCGACGUCUACCUCUUCUGCCACUCUUACCCCCUGACGCAAACUCCGCGUCGACCGUCGAUAUCAUCACCGCCAAUCACACUGUUGCUGCCCCACCCCACAACCCCUGCAUCGACCGCAGCGGCCAGCAUCACCACCACUACCACUUCUUCAUGCACUCUCCCCACCGAUGGGGCGACGUCUGA